AUUAGAAUUGCAUACGUUUCAUAUUGGAUAUGAGGUUCUACUCCCAAAGUUGUUAAACAAAGAGCACCUUGACUAUUCCCACGGCCAUUGACAGCAACUGUUAGCUAACAGACAUGGCAUCUACAAAGACAACGUGGGAUUCUGUCGUCGCAGAAAUACCGGACGACCGGGUUAUUACUUUUUGCAAGGAAGGUCACUUUUGCUUCGUGAUUGGCAAUGACACCGACUUGCCACUCAAGAUCUUCGUUUCCCCUGAGAAAAUGACGAAAGCUUCCCCGGGUGUCUUUGAGUCAAAUUGGCAAAAGAAGGGACAACGGGUGGGGGAAAUGCAACGCGACAAUUCUCAGGUAAUGUUGAUCCUCCUUGCGAUCAUCCACGAUGAGAAGCGCUUUAUUCCGGAUAAGGUCCGUGUUAUUGAGCUCUAUGGUCUCUUGACACAUGCUCGAGUAUAUGGCCUCACAGGGAGUUUGGGCCCGCAUCUCGAAAAUUGGAUGCCCACAGAGAAAGAAAGAACCGACUCGCCUGACAAGGAAUACGUUGCCUGGAUCGCUUGGGAGAUUGGCGCGAAAGAAAUCUACAACGAAAUGGUCAACUACCUAGGCUCCAAAUGCUCCGGUGAUGGAAAAGGCGGCAUCCAGUGGCCAGAGAUACCCGACCCUAUAGAGAUAUAUCUUGCCGAAGCGAAAAUCACUGAUGACAUAGUAAAGGUCCGAAAUCGACUCUUAGAUUUCAUGUUCACUGAGCUGAGAAAGACUAUGAACCUCGACGAGAGUGAUCGUAAACACUGCGUUAAAAUCGAGUCAACAGACAAUAAUCCAGAUUACGAGGAAUGCACCUUCCAGGUUCAAUCAAUCAUGAAUGAAGAGCAAUUGACCAGAAUUUGGGCCGCAGCUGGUAUCGAUGUCGCUGCUCUGUUGUUGUUGUUGUUGUUGUUGUAUUUAACGCCGUGGCGGCCGGGCUAGAGCCCUUACCGCAGACCUCC